GACCCACUGAACGACUCAGCAGUAGCUGUGCUGAAGACGUGUGACAAGAACAGUCUAAUCCACCAAAUCUGGGAGGACUACGUUACCGACGUGGACAGAGAAGAGUCCGCUGCAAGAGGCAAGACACAAGAUCGCAAAAAAGGCAAAUCGGCUUCUUUUCUUACUGUAUCGACUAUGUACAGGGAGUCACUUGCCAGCCUCAUGUCUAUGCUUCACACUACUCAUCCACAUUUUAUCAGGUGCAUCAUUCCGAACGAAAAGAAAACCAGUGGACUCAUCGACGCACCACUCGUCCUCAAUCAGCUGACCUGUAACGGUGUUCUGGAAGGCAUUCGUAUCUGUCGCAAAGGCUUUCCCAAUCGAAUGACGUUUGGCGAUUUCCGCUUCCGAUAUGCUAUUCUGGCUGCUGACGAGGCUGCUGGGAAUGACAUGGCAGAGAUGCUCGAAAGACUCGUCAAAGAGAAUAAAAUCAAAGAGGACAAUUUCAAGGUUGGCACGAGCAAGGUUUUCUUCCGUGCCGGCAUAGUCGCUAGGAUGGAAGAAUUACGUGAUGCCGCGCUCGCGAAGGUGAUCAUAAAGUUGCAAUGUGCGGUACGCUGCUAUCUGGCACAG